UUUUCUGUUCCACUAAUUGUCUUGUCGCCGCAAAAUUGCAUUUCCACGGAAUACAUACAGACAAUUCAUAUAUUAUUUAUAUAUCAUAUUCGAGUUUUGGAUAGAAUUGAAAAUUUUUUCACAUAACAUUUACAAAAAUCGAAUAUCGCAAUCAAGUUUUACCGAAAAUAUCAACCGACUGCGUCACCGGCACAAUCGCACGAUAUACAUACAUAGCGGUGAUAGGUUAACGAACAUCUAUGUAUGGAAUUUAUCUGCUUUAACCACCGUUGAGAUUAUGUAUCUUCUUUAAUGUAGGAGAUUAUUCCCAUUAUGGUUCCUAUAAACACUGGGAAAAUAGAACUGGACAAUAAAAUCAACGAAUGGUUAAAAUGGAACAAGGAUCCGAAAGCUAGUCAUGAGGUUGAAGAACUUGUCGAAGGGAAUAACAUUGAGAUCUUGUCAAAUUUAUUCUUGGAAAGACUCAAAUUUGGCACAGCUGGAUUAAGAGGUCACAUGGGUCCAGGAUAUAAUCAGAUGAAUGAUUUAGUUAUAGUUCAAACUGGGCAAGGUCUAUCAAAUUAUUUACUAAAUGCUGUAUCUAAUGCAUCGGAAAAAGGAGUGAUAAUAGGAUACGAUGGACGUCAUUGCAGCAAAAGGUUUGCAGAAUUGACUGCUACAAUUUUUAUAGCAAAACAUGUAAAAGUAUAUCUCUUUUCAAAAGUUGUUCCAACUCCUUUCAUACCUUACGGUGUGUUAAAAUAUAAAUGUGCAGCAGGAAUAAUGGUUACAGCUUCCCAUAACCCUAAGAAUGACAAUGGUUAUAAAGUUUAUUGGGAAAACGGUGCACAAAUUAUUUCACCACAUGAUGAAAAAAUUCAAAAGUACAUACUUGAAAAUCUUGAACCGAUCGAAUCUUCUUGGGAUGUAACAAAAGUAUAUGUCAGUCCAUUAUAUAAAGAUCCAUGGAGUGACAUUAUGCAGUUGUAUUUUCAUGGCCUCAAACAAACAGUUUUAUAUCCUGAAGUAAAUAGAAACACAAUAUUAAAAUUUACAUAUACACCCAUGCAUGGAGUUGGAUAUGAGUACAUGAGUGCAGCGUUCGAUGCUGCAAAUUUAAAGCCAUUUGUAAUAGUCGAAGAGCAAAAGUUACCUGAUCCAGAAUUUUCAACUGUAAAAUUUCCAAAUCCUGAAGAAGGGGAAAGUGCUUUGGAGCUCAGUAUAAAAACAGCGAAUGAAAAUUCUUCUUCUAUCAUAAUUGCUAAUGAUCCUGAUGCAGAUAGAUUAGCUUGUGCGACAAAAAUGAAAACCGGAGAAUGGCAUAUUUUUUCGGGUAAUGAAUUGGGAGCGUUAUUAGGAUGGUGGAUGAUGCAUACAUAUCGGGUGCAACAUCCUGACACAGAUUUCUCUAAUGUAUAUAUGCUCGCGUCAACGGUAUCAAGUAAAAUUUUAGCUGCGAUGGCAAAACAGGAAGGCUUUAAUUUUGAGGAAACUUUAACAGGUUUCAAGUGGAUGGGCAAUAGAACUGUAGAACUAGAGAAAACUGAUAAAACAGUAAUAUUUGCAUACGAAGAAGCAAUUGGUUUCAUGUGCGGUUCUAAUGUACUGGAUAAAGAUGGUAUAAGUGCUGGAAUGUGCAUAGCAGAAUUGGCAGCUUAUCUUGAGACAAUAGGUUUUACUCUUUAUGAAAAAUUAUAUGAUAUAUAUGCUCAAUAUGGAUAUCACAUUUCUGAGAAUUCAUAUUGGAUUUGUCAUGAGCCAAAUACUAUUAAAGCAAUAUUUGAAAGAUUACGAAAUUACGCUGAAAAACCAAAUACGUAUCCAACAAGUAUCCUCAAUGGAAAAUACUCAAUAGUAGGUGUUCGUGAUCUGACAACUGGUUAUGAUAACACGAAAUCGAAAAAUAUUCUACCAGUUUCAAAAUCAAGUCAAAUGAUAACGUUUACUUUUAAGAAUGGCUUAGUAAUAACAUUAAGAACCAGUGGUACAGAACCUAAGAUUAAGUACUACAGUGAAAUAUGCGCAACUCUUGAAGAAAAAAAUCUUACACUUCUAAGGACAACGCUUAAGGAAAUGGUAUCGACCGUUGUAAAGGAAUUUCUCCAACCUAAAAUAAAUGGACUCUUACCCCGACCUAGUUAAGUGGAAUUACCAAUAUUUAUCAUACAAUUGCAGCAGCUGCAAAUCAAAGUAGAAGAAUAUUUACUGUAUUCCAAUUUUAUUUUAUUAUAUUUUUUUUUAUUGAAAGCAAAAUGAUCAUAUUUCUAAUGAAAGCAAACAUUCACCAGUUCAAUAAUUCCUCAUUUGUAAUUUACAAAGUAAAAAAAUUUGUAAUUUACUUACUAAUUCUAAUUUCUUAAAUUUUUAUUAAUUUAAGUCGCUAUAAAUUAUUAAUUAGGCUAUUAUUAGGUUCAUAAUGUCUGUAAAAAUUUGGUUUUACAAAAACUUAAUUCGUUACAUUGUGCAGCUUCAUGAAAAAAUGUUGUGAAUUAAAAAGUUUAUUUAAACAACUGCCACUGUCUUCCUUAAUUUAUUCAAAUGUGCGACAACAUGUAUGAUAUAUUGACAAUGAUUAUAAACAGAUUAAUGUAAUAAUUUUAUAAAUUAUACAGUCUUUAACAAAAUUA